AUGACGAACCCGGAACGGACGAAAGGGCAGGCCAACCAAACGGCCAGAUAUUGGCUGCUCCCUCUUUCUCACCGCUCGCCCAGUUCCGCCAUCAUCCCGGGAGUAUCUAUCACCAGGAAUCACUCUCACUACCCACCUACCGACCCAGUCCACCGGUACCCUACUCACCGCCGGUCUGAAAGCGAGAGGAAAGAGGGAAAAGAAGCAAUUGCCAUCCAGCCGUGGGGUUCGCCGCCUCCUUCUCGCGCUCUAGAACAACUUAACAUUAGCUUCAAGGAAGAAGUACAUACUCGGGAAUGGGUUGUUAUCGGUCAACCCGGUACAUGCGGUGGGGGCCAGAAUAGGAAGGAAAACACGGGAAAAGGAAAAACAAAAACAAAGACAAAACAGACUGCUGUACCGGGGGUUGAGGCCAAGCAGGUGAACCUAUAA